AUGGAUAGAAAAUAAACAAUACAAUUUAUUCAUAAAUUUUUAAAGAUUCUUAUUUAAAGCUAUCUAGAUUUAGGUCCAGAAGUAGCAAGAUAUUUACUAUUUUCAGAUUAGAAUUAACAAAUCUAAUGUUAAUUACUGAAUUCGCUUGAAUUGCACCAUUUUUAUAAUUUUUUAAGUCUAUUACUAGUGUAUACAGUCCCUAUUUUUAUCAGUAAUAAAAAAUGUUGUUUGCUAUAAACAAUUUUUCAAUAAGGAUAUCGUAAUUCUAAUUCACGAUGUACUUUAAAUUUAGAAAUCUAAUCCAAAGGUAACCAAUGUUUAUAUAGUCUUAAGAUCCUAUUUUCUGGUAGUAAAGUAAAAAUGCUUAUUUUCACAGGAUUUAUUUAAUCAAAAAGAUCAUCUUUAUUUAGAAAUGAUAAAUUAGUCGAUUUAGCUUAUCAGAAUGAUCACAAUCAAAUUGCUGCAAUACUCGAAUAUUAAUAACUAUGGAAUAUAUUUGGAUUUUCUUGGACCUCUCAUAUUGAGUUAUAUAAGCUAUUAAAUUGUUCGAUUAUUUCGUUAACAGGCAUAAAUGACCCUAAUUGUACUUUGCUAAAUUGUAACUCUCCUGAUAUGAUAAAUUAGGUCUAUAAAAAAUAAUGUAUAAAAUUAAUUGCAAAAUAGAGAAGGUUUUUAAUAGCUAAAGAGUUUGAUCAAUCAACAUAUUUCAAACAUCUUUCUUAAUUUGGUACUAUGCUAAAUUAAUCAUCUGAUUAAAAAAUCAGAGUUUUGUGA